CAUUCUCCUGUGAUGACUUUUGUCUUUGAUUCAGUGAAAACUGAAACAAUAAACUUCAAUACUUCACUGAACAGUCAUCACUGGACAUUGAUAUUAUUAUCGUCAAGCGUCGCAACCCACACUCCACAGGUCACUUAACUUUCAAGUUUCGACCCGAGUCGGUGCCGGCAGUGAUACUUGUGAUUACAAUUAUUUGAAAUACGGUCUGUUUUUGUUGACAACUCGCGACUAUAAACUGAAAAAUACUUUUUAUUUAAGCUAAUAUCAUCGAGGGAUCACUAAAACAGGAAUCUUAGGAAUAUGUCAGGUAAAAGGAAACAUAUAGAUAUGUAUCUUGGAGAAAUUUUUAAGGAAUUCAUUUCCUUAAAAGACAAGGAUCUCAAAAAAUCACAAGAAGUAUUUAACAGUGUCUUUGAACAGGUGAAACAAAAGAUGGAAGAGCAAUGUAAUUACUUUAGUAAAUAUGCUAAACAGGUACUCUAUGCCGGGAGUGUGUAUGAUGGUAUCAAAGUGACUAAAUUAGAUGAAUUUGACAUGAACAUAGUUAUACGACUACCAAUAAAUUAUGAUGAUGGAGAGGAUGGGAUUAUAUUGGAGAAUGCUCAGCCUGGAUUUGUCAAAAUGAAAAUAAGCAGACCAUUUGAUAAUCUUGAUAAGCAGAAGGAUUGGGAAAACUGUCACAAAGUGACAAGAGAUUGGCGUGACAGUGAUAAAUAUCUUCUCCAAAACAAAUUUCGUCAGUGGUUGCACAGUAUAAUACAGAAGGCCCUUAACGCUAUGAACAAUGAGGUCACAGUUAAUGGUGUGAAGUAUGACUUAAAAUAUAAAUCAUCCGGACCCGCGUAUACAUUGAAUAUUGAAAACAAAACUGAAUCUUUCUAUCUUGAUGUGGAUUUAGUACCUGUCAUACGAUUUAUGCUUCCGCGUUGGCCCAAGGGUUACAGGAAUAUAGAUGACGAUAAAGCUAAAGAUUGGUUAGUGGUACCAAAGCCAAACAAAGCUUUGGAUGCUAAAGAGCAAAACCAAUGUUGGCGGCUCUCGUUUCAGGAGCAAGAGAGGAAAGUUAUGAAAAAUUUGAAGCAGUUGAAAGUUGUCAUAAGAUUGGUAAAAAAACUUCGCGACGUCCUUGGCCUAAAGUAUAUCGCCAGUUAUUACAUCAAAACCUUGUUUCUAUGGAAAAUCCAGAAAAUAAACGACGACAAAUAUUGGGAGAAUAAUAUUGGUCUCAUUUUUAAGGACAUGAUAGAUGAGUUUUAUAAAGCAGUCGAUAAUAAAUGUAUCCCUUACUUCUGGAACGAGAAAAAUAAUCUCAUUGGGGCAAUCAAACCGACAAUUCUGAAGGUGUACGCCGACAAACUCAACGAGGUACUUAAAACCAUUAACGCUAAUGAUCUUGACAAAGUGCCAGAAUAUCUACUAACAUCUGAGGAAUUGGAAACGUUUAAGAAAUCCGAGUUUUAUCUCAGGUUACAAGUGAUUCCAGUCAAACUUUCCAUUGAUAGCACUGACUCUCCAUCCAGUCAAUCAAAGAAAAGUGAUAACUCCAAAGAUAUGAACAAUGUUAUUGAAAACCUAAUGGAUAAAGUUGCUCUUUUAACUAAAAGGGUCAAUGAACAGGAGAUGAGGAUUAAAGCUUUGGAAUUAAAGAAUGGGCAAGCAGAAAUUUUUUCUGGAGUGUGCUAUAACAAUACUCAAGACUUAUUGGUUUUUGAAUAAAACCUUUCAAAAAUGCAACACUGAUUCUUGGGGUUUACAUAAAUUUCAGUUUCACACCUGAUGGGUUUCAACCAUUCAACUUCUCAGUAACACUUGUUCAGAGUACUCCACGCACUUUUUCACCUUUCAGCUUAUAAAAACUUUUAUUGAGACCUCGGUUCUCUACAUUUUUGGUACAACUAUCAAUUGGAGAUAUAGCAAACCAUUGUAAAACUUGCUUUUGCUCUGCUUUCAACUUCUGCGUUAACAAUUCCUCUUGCAACACAUAUUCCGUCUUCGUUUGAAUCGUUAAAUACCAUUUUAAACGUAAUCGCGGGGCUACCAUCAGAUUCCAGUUACUAUUUUCAGCCAGAACAGAUGUAUCACAUAUCACUUCUCCUAUGUAGGAAGAACAGGAUACCUGACUCCUAUAUGAUUCUUCCAUGUCAGUCUUCGGGUAGCUCUUAAUACAAACUUUCUCACUGCCACACCCUUCGGGUUCCAUAAACGCUCGGAACGUUUUCUAGUGUGAAAUCGAUUCUAGCGCUUAUUGGCUAAUCUAGGGUUAUCUCUCUUUUAUCUUCGUCGUAGAAAUCUUGGGGUGAUCACAGCCCAUUCCUAUUUAUGCCUAUUAUCACAUCGGGGUCCAAUAGGUGAUAGUUAGUGGACACAAACGUCGGGUAUUCCAGACCGACAAAUCAGGACGAUCCUAAGACCACGUGUUCCUUGGUUAAGCAAGUCUUGUCUAAAAGCGCCAACCAGAUAACAACUAAUGCCCCCGGUUCUAUAAAAAAAAAAACUUUAGUAUUGCUAUAUUCCUACUCUAUGACAAUGUCUAAGCUUCGUCAAAGUGUAAGUUUGUGUGAUAAGUAUAUUGUAAGGAGUACAAGGAUAGAAAGCAAAUGUUUUGAUCUUAGAAUUAAAUUAGUAAUAAGUUAGAAAUAAAAAAGUAAGAUAAAGGGCCUUAUAAUAAAAAUUAUGAAAAAAUAUGAUUAUAACUGAUUAAAUGAUAUACAUAUAAAUGAUUAAUAAGUGUUUAAUAGAUAUGAUUGUAAUAUUAUUCAAUGAGUAUAUAUUGGGAUUCCAUUAUUAAAUUUUGAAACAUAAAUUAAAAUGUAUUUUAGAUAUUAUUUACGUGUGAAUUACAUUCAUAAAUGUUUGUAGUUAAAAUCGUAUGACAGUUAUAGUAUUGGUAGGCAUUAAGAUUUAUAAUAUUAUGAUUUUUAUAAGAUAAUAAAGUUCCUUUUACAAUAAUUAUAUAAAUAAAUAACUUACUCGAAAUACAGAAUUAGCCAACUUAUAACUUUUUAUGAAACAGAAAAGAGGCUAUCAUCAAAAACCUGAAGCGAAAAAAAUCAAAUAACUUGCAAUAGUUAUUUUUUUCUUACCAACCCAUAUGCAUGUUUCAGUCAACAUUCUAAAAAUAGGAAAAGGUAGAAAAUAAUUUACCACUGCCAACAUAAAAUGUAAUGCCAUUUCGCGACUUGAUUUUUCUAAAGCGAAUUUUGAGAAUAAAGACUUUAAAAAUUGAA